AUGGCUAUUAUUGAAACUUGUGCAACACAUUCUUUCAUUUGUUUUAAUUGUGCUAAGAGGUUGGGUUUAGACUUAUCGUCCAUGGUCGGGAGUAUGAUUGUUGACACUCCGACUCUGCGUCCAAUGACCACUUCUGUAGUUUGUUUGAAUUGUCCAUUAACUAUUUAUGGUAAUAAUUUUGGAAUGGAUUUAGUUUGUCUAUCACUGAAUAAACUUGAUGUUAUCCUUGGGAUUAACUGGUUGGAGUUCAACCAAGUCCAUAUCAACUGUUACAACAAAUAUGUGUUAUUCCUUGAAAUCGAUGAAGAUGGGGGAUUAUUUGUGAUGACUAAGCAAGCGAGUGAGGUUGUGAAUGUUGGGGCACAGGUGUUCGUUAUGUUGGCAUCUAUGAGUGCAGAAGUCAAAGCAGCGAUUAAUGAGAUACCAGUGGCAUGUGAAUUUCUAGAACUAUUCCCAAAUGAUAUAAGUGAUUUUCCAUUAGAGCGAGAGAUAAAGUUUGCUAUUGACUUAGUAAAUAGCACUAAUCCUGUCUUAAUGGCUCGAUAUCGAAUUUAUAAUUCGGAUUUGAGUGAGCUGAAGAAACAGUUAGAAGAGUUACUUGAGAAGAAAUUUGUUCAACCAUGUGUUUCUCCUUAG